GAGAUUAAAAGCUACUUUUUACAAAAAAAAUUUUUGCAAAAAUGAGCUAAAAAAUUAAAUCCAUAGUAGGAAGAAGUAUGGUAACUUGCUCACGGUAAAUUUCUUUGAUAUGAGAGAUUUGAUGCGAUCAUAUGCUGAUUCUCUGUGAUGAAAUUGAACCUCUUCAGUCCCUAUUAAUAAAAGCUUUCCAUUUCGUUUGCUGGAGUCUAGAUAAUGGUGAUAACUAUCUUUAGAGUUAUUGUACGGAGAAUUUAGUUUUUGGAGCUAUCUAUUCUGCUAAAUCUUCAUCUCUUUAUGAUUUUGUGUUUAUUUUCUGUUAACAUGGUGAAAAAUGAUUUUCAGAACAUAAUUCAUUAAAUGCUAACCAUAACUCGAAUCUAUACCGUGAAUACAAAUGCGUGUGGAGUGUCCAUCACGUACUAGCCUUGUCAUAAAACAUGCUUGUCGGUACCUUAUCAAUUAUUCUAUACAAUGUUUGAAGAUGCAGCAAUAUACAUUUCUGGGUCAAUGUCAUAUAAUUUAACCCAAAACAUAUUAAAGCAUAUGAAAUUAUGUUAAUCACAAGAUCGAACACCGUAAGUAUAAAUACCGCGCAACACUAGGGUUAAAUCAGUACUUACUUGCACUUCAAUCAACAAUGCAGUUCUUCGUAGUUUUUGGUUUAGUUUUGGCCGUCGUCGUUGCCGAACCACCUGUAAAGCCGGUAUUCCUUGCGAGGUACGCUCUAACGCCACAGCAACCGCAGCAGUAUCAGCAAUCUGCCCAAUUUGUACCUCUUCCGCUCUCGGGGUACCAAGUUGCGAGGCUCGAACAAAUACCACAGGUAUAUAACUCUCCGCAACCGAUCGUUCCAGAAGCAGAGAGAAAUGCCACAGACGAUUCUACAGAGACGCCGGAACAUGAAGAAACCACACCAAAGGCGGUCGCGAAUCAAUCAAACAACAAAGAGCAGAAAAGCGGAAAGUUGGUAGAGGGCGGCGAAGAACAAGUCGAUGAAGACGCGGUUUUCAAGCAGUAGCAGUACCUACCUAAUCGCCAGCAAUCCAAAACGAUGGCACUAUUCCAAAACUGCAGCGAAUUAGCACGGACCUUGGUCGCUUAUCAACCCUGAUGAGAUCGUCAGCAAAGCGCAACAUUCAUUCAGCAGAUAUGAGCACUAUUCACCACAUCAAAUCCGACACUGUCAUCAACGAGUGUUCCAGCCGUCAACGGUACCUAGUUCUACAUAAGUAGCGUCAAUCGCAGCAAAUGACUUGAUUUGAUGGCGCUUUCCAGAUGAACAUAAAUCCCUGGCAAUAUUUAUUGUCAAAACAAAAAAUAUAAUAUAAUAUAUACAAGGGAUUUUGGAAAUAUGGAAAAUACCAGUCACUUGGUGAAGCUACAGAUCAGUGCAACUAGGCCUAAACCCCUUUGAGGCCGCAUUCCGUCUAGAGGAAGGGUGCAACGAUGCCAUCUUAGGAAAUCGUCAAAGCGGUAUCGGGCGACCAAACAACUUACCAACACUCAAUCUUUCAUUCGUAUCAAGAGUGUCAAGUAUCAAGUAAGAGAAGCUUAUAUGAGAUUUUAAGAGAAAUUUAAAAAAAAGUGAUUCAAAAAAGUUAAGAGUGAUUCAAAAAAGUGAUUCGAAA